AUGAAGGGUGAAGAUGGUAGUAGAAGGGAAGGCACGGAUGAGGAAGGACACGAUGGGAUGAUGGCGUAUGUUUGGCAAGAGAGCGUCUGUGCGAUGGCGUGUGAUGUCGUCUCUUGCGGCUGGGCAGCUGGGGGUGAAGCGGGCAACGCGAUCCAUCGGAGCAGCAAGACGCCCCCCAUCUCCCUGCCAGAAGCGUGGGCACUAACACCCAAUGGGAAGCGAAGCUGGCGACAACGUUGUGGCUCUGGGGUCGCAGCACACGAGGAGACUUGCGUCGACUUGAACCUCUCCUCAGCCCGGGCGACUGUCUCUGGCUCAGGGACAGGGGGACGCCAGGCCCGCCCAGCCUGGCCCGGCCCAGUCCAGUCCAAGGACCAAGGGCCAGGGUGCCAUCUGCAAAGCGGUCGCAGUCAUCCCUCUGGACCUCCUCUGGGUGUGCCCUCCAACUGCCAACAGUCCGAGCCAGGGCCAAUCCGAACAGCCAGGGCGCCGGCGAGUGGAGGGUCCAGCCUGGCGCCAGGACAGGCUGGGCUUGGUGGGUGGUGCGUGAGCUGCAAGGCAAGGACGGUGGCCCUGGGCUCCUCCGUCAAGGUGGCGCCAGCGUCUGGUCUGUCCAUUGGUGACACCCCCUCAGGUCCCAGCGAGGUGCCCUGGGCUGACACCCACCUCCCUUGGAGCCCACCCUGCCCAGGGGGGUUCCACAGGCUGGCGCAGUGGCCAGGGCAGAAGCAGCGUCGACGCCGAAGGGGGGGCCCAGCUGAGGUCUCGGAGCACUCGCGCCCAGCACAGGCAGCAGGGUACAGAGAUACACAGAUGGUCUAG